AUGGACUCUCCAUCAGUGCUACCUCCCCUACUUCCUCGUCUCAGGGUAUCUCGAACACCUCGCAGCAAUCCCGAUGGUCCACAGUCAGGUCCAUCACACCUCUCAGAUCCCGUCGCAAGCAACAGCGUCGAGCUCAACAUCGACGACGAGCCUUCCCGGAACGUGCUAUCUUCAUUCUCGAUAAUAGAACCAUCUGCCACUUUUCUAGAAGAUACCCCUGCUGCCCGUCUCCGUGCGGUCAUGGCCAGACUUCCCCCAUCAUCCACAAAUUCUACCGCGCUGCCGACUCCAUCAUCACCUUCAGAACGAGAAUCCGACUUUGACCAGCCCCACUUUGCUUCCUCAAUCACCAGUACAGCUCAAGAAAGCAUCAAGAGUAUAUUCUCCCGUGCCCGACGCGAUCCCGGAGACACACCCCGGAAAGAUAACAGGCCCAGACGGAACAGCUUUGAUGUUACCGAGGUGCAGGCUAGCCCUAUGGCUCGAAAAGCGAAGCAGGAGAGAGCAAGAAUCAUAAGCAAAAGGCAAAGCAUGAGUGACGAAGAGAUCGAGAGAGUCUCUUAUAGGUCUGAUAUCUCAGAUGCCGACGUCUUCAGUGUGCAUUCGAGAACUCCACGCGCCUUUGGUUCAAUACGUGAUUCAGCAAACGAUAACAUCGACACUCAAGGCAUGGUCGACGACCUCGGUAACAGCCAGGCGACACCUCCAGCCGCUACAAGCACUCCCCAGCACUCAUUGCAAAUGUCUUUCAACUCCUAUCUCCAAGCUCAAUCGAAUUUGCUCGAUCAUGAUUCAGAAAUGCAGCGAGGGCUCCAAGGAUUCGAGAGUGAUGAUGGAGGGUCUCCGAAAGUUGCUUUCUCCACUGCUUCUCGAAAGAAACAAGUAGAUCCUCAAGCAACCAUUCGUCCGCGUCCAGCGGACCGCUCUCAAGCUUCUUCAGGCACAAGUCGAAAUCUGAUAGACUUACAGCGUUCCCAGUCAGUCUCUACUCUCAAACCAGAUCCGCCAAAAUCUCGUCCUAAUCAGUCGUCUUCCCAUUCCAUCAAUCUCUCACAUAGGAAUUCUUUUCACACUUUCCCCAAGUCACCAGGACAUUCUGGUUUAACUAGACGAGACAGCACUACCUCGAUAAACACUUUCAAUGACCGAGCAAGCUCUGAGGGAUCAUACACCGAUCAUCGGGGUCGUAGAGCUGAAUUGAAAUCCAAACACAACGAUGACCUAGAACGCCAAUGGGAUAAGCCCCAUCGUCGGACAUUGUCUAGUCUGAGCCAGUCCUCCACAGAUGCUAUGCGCCUAUCCUGGUCAGGAGGACUGCAGCGUCACAAUUCCCUUUCUAGUUCUCGUUCUGCUUCUCCUGCUAGUUCGCGGACAAUCGCCAGCGAAGAACGUGAUCGUGAACUAGAAGUUCAAUCCGAGGUCGACCAUGAACGAGAGCGGAACUGGAACUCCCCACAUCCAACAUGGUAUAGUCAAACUACCCAUCGUAGCCAUUCUAGCCGUGCCAAUUCCCCGAUGCCACCAUCUCCCACCGCUUCUACGUCGCCCCACUCAUCUUACAAGAGAACUCGACCUCGCAUGGACUCAAAGGUCACUGCUCGAGGGGCUCCUUCACCCGGCCUCAAAGUUCCUGAAUCUCCUCGGUCGCGUGUAAGACCGAGGACCUAUUCGUCUCGUUCAAAUUCCCCGUUACCGCCUGAUUCUACUGCCUCCCGAAGUGCUCCAUCCCGUUAUUCACAUUCAAACGUCUCCAUCAGUCCCACACAUAGUAACACCAAUGAAGAAAAACGACCACGGUCGUGGUCUAUGUCUUCAAAACCUACUUCAAAAGAUACCUAUCAGCGGACAAAUAUUUCCCCAAAGACGUCUUCUUCCCCUUCAACAACGUCCAUUGCUACCAAACACAAAUCAUCAGGACUUCCUAGGCUCUCAGGUCACUCUAAAAGUGCAGCAAGGACCGUUGACCACGAUAAGCCUAUUAGCAGCCAAGCCAGCGAGAUAGGCCAUGCUUAUGACGAGCAGUCUACAGAUACUGAUGAGGAUUUGCCUCAAGAGAGUACACCCACACUCAAAACGGCGACGUUAACCCAGUCACAGACUGAGGAAAGAAAGUCCCCUUCCCUGCAGCUUUGGUCACAAACAACACGAGACGAAUCACGUCCAUGCCGACCUAUUGACCCACCCGUCACUCCACCACUGGCAUCCCCUUUGUCAUCGCCAUCUGCGCCACCCACUCCACCUAGUUCAGAGCCAUUGUUCACUACCCCUCAUCGAAGGUCCUCUUUUUCCCAAUCUGAAUAUCAGACACUGUCACCUCCAAAGGAACUCCCAGAAUUGCCUGGCCCACCAUCAUCUGGUUCUGAGAACGAACAAGAUACUGAGCCCGUUGACCAAGUAACGGUGUCGAAAACGCCGCCGCCGCCUGGUGCCUGGUCUUAUACUCCCGCUCCACGACUUGCGCGAUCGAAUCCUCUGCCGGUAGAUAAAGAAGGUCCUCAGGACGGUACACCUUCUCCUGAGAACUCGACUCCAUUAGCACGCACUACUUCCCUGCCUCCACAGACACCUGCCCCUCCCGGCGGAUGGCUGAUGACACCGAAAAAGAGCGUACGAUUUGAUCCACCACUUACGGAAUCUGACCAGUCUGGUACCGAAAUAACACCGAAUUCGUCUGCAGAGUUCCAUGAUGAAUCAACACACAGUGAGACAUCCCGCACUACUAGGGAGAAUGGCAUUUUGAGGCCAUCUUCUGCUCUCAACAUUGAUAGCAAUGUAUCGGAUAUUCCACCUACACCUGUAUCGCCCUCCAAGUCUCGAAGGACGCCAACUGUGAACUUCGUGGAUGAAUAUGGGAAGGAAGAGAAACCAGAUAAGAGCCACGGUUCUCCUCGUAAUCGGAGCGCAAUUCGAAUAGUGGAUGCUAUGGGGCGUGAAGUCGAUGACAGCAUGGAAGAACCUUUAACACGAACGGAGGCGGUCACUCAUAUGCGACAGGGAUUGUCACAAAUUGCGCAAGGUCUGGAGGAUGUUUGCCAGUCGGGCCCUGACAUCGAUAUGGCUCGGUUAACAGAGCUGGAGCAGAUGUCAAAGACAUCUCGCAAGCAGAGGGAGGAGCUUGCGCGAAAGUUGCACCACGCCGACGAGGAUGUGAGACGAAAGGUUGUGUCCCUACGAGAGAGCAUGAGCAAGAACAAAAUCGUUAUCCCGGCUCAGGUGGGCCGUCGAUGUCCCUCGUUGUCAUGGAUAGCGUUUGCUAUCAUCGUCCAGUUGUUUUUGAUCUUAAUCAUAAUAUCGGGCUUUCAUGCUCGAGACCUAUUCCUUACCACUUAUUAUGACCCAUUUUAUGCGGAGCUGCAUAUGUAUACCACUAAACCCGAUUAUACCAUAAAUUGGCUGUCACCGGCCGACUCACCACCAAUGUCGCAGGGCGGGGACAGACUUAUUACGCGAGUUCUGAAUAUGUUUACUGACUGGUGGUGGGACACUGGAGAACGAAGUGUUUCGUGGCCCCCAACCUAA